UCUCUUCCUUCUUAAACCCUCCACCUUCCUCUUCCUUCUUCCACAAACCCCCUUUCCCCAUUCCCUUUUCUCUUUCUCUCACUUCCCAAGUGGGGUUCUCUUAAUCCCCCUCAAUUCCAUUUCUAUCCUUGGAUUGCUGGAUAAAGCUUGAAACUUUCUGGGCUGGUGUUGGGUUUUCUGAGUCGAAGGAAGCAAAUUUGGUGUGGGAAAAUUAGGAAAAGAGAAAAGGAAAAAGUGGUGAUAGUUGAAAGAGGAUGAAGAUUCAGUGCAACGUGUGUGAGGCUGCUGAGGCUAAAGUUCUUUGCUGUGCUGAUGAGGCUGCGCUUUGUUGGGAGUGUGAUGAGAAGGUUCAUGCAGCUAACAAGCUCGCUAGCAAGCACCAGAGGGUUCCACUUUCCAUGUCUUCUUCUCACAUGCCCAAAUGUGAUAUUUGUCAGGAAGCAUUUGGCUAUUUCUUCUGUCUAGAGGAUCGAGCUUUACUGUGUCGAAAGUGUGAUGUGGCAAUACACACAGCGAAUACUUAUGUCUCCGGUCAUCAGAGGUUUCUUCUCACUGGUGUAAGAGUAGGUCUAGAAGCAACCGAGCCCGGUGGUACUUCUUCAACUUCUUUGAAGUCGGAUUCUGGGGAGAAAGCUUCCGACACCAAGUCCUCUUCUGUCUCCAGAAAGGUGUCGAUGAUGCCCCGGUCGUCGGAUUACAAUGAAAUGUUACCCCUUGAUGCUGGGGGAGUUGGUGAGAUGCCUCCGGCUAAGGAGUCUUAUGGUGGUGGUUCUACUGCCGGAAAUAUCUCACCAUGGCCGAUCGAAGAAUUCCUUGGCCUAAAUGAUUUCGGUCAAGGUUAUAAUUACAUGGAAGGAUCAUCAAAGGCUGAUAGUGGUAAGCUUGGGGAUUCUGAUUCUCCAGUCUUAAGAUCCGUGGAAGAGGAAAUGGGAAUGGACUUCGGGGUUGUACUGGCCGAAAGACCCUCAGUUUUCAUCCGACCAUGCUAUGUUUGUUCCGGACAUAUGCUGUUCUACCAUGCAAGAGACUCGGUCUUCGAGGCGGCGGAGGCACCACCUUUGAGUUGGUUUCUUCUCAGGUCCCUACCCUCAUAACUUAGAGAAAUGCUUCUCAUUUGUUGUUUACAUUAUAUAUGAUAUGAUAUGAAGUCGUCUCAUCUUACACACAAGGUUUAAAGUUGAUUAGCUACAAUGCUUCAAUUCAUGGCUGUCUCAGCAUCUUCUUUUUAGAGCAAGAUCUCUAACUCUUCAAUUGUCAUUGUGAUUGUGCUAAAAACAAAAGGCAGGAAUAAAUAAUUGAUGGGAAAUGUUAAAGGGCUUUCUCACAUUUGUUGUAGAAUCCAUAUAUAUAUAGAUGCAUCUCUAUUUUCGUUAUCAUAGUGAUCUUGUUCU